AUGACCGAGACGACGGCUCGACCGCCGCCGCGUGUGAUCGUCCACUUGGACCUCGACUGCUUCUACGCGCAGGUGGAGCAGCGGCGCCUCAAGAUUCCAGACGGGCAGCCCAUUGCCGUGCAGCAGUGGGGCAGUCUGCUCGCUGUCAACUACGACGCCCGCAAGUUCGGCGUUGUGCGAGGUGACUUUGCCGACGAAGCAAAGAAGAAGUGUCCACAGAUCCACUUGCCGCAUGUUGACACGCUGGGCGAGAACCGGACACCAGGGCAGCUGUAUGAUCGGACACACCAGAAGGCUAUCCUACGGAGAUACCGCGUUGCAAGUCGCGAGAUCUUUGCCGUCUUAAGCUCCAUGGUACCUGUGGUCGAGAAGGCGAGCAUUGACGAGGCGUUCAUGGACGUCACCGACAUGGCCAAGGCGAGACUCGCACAGACGACGGCGUAUUCGUCAGCUUUCUGCCAGGACCCUGCCAACCGCGACACGGUUGUGUUUUGCAAGAAAGAAAGAGACACGAAUGCAGGUGACGAAGACGGCGCUGUGCGGGCGUUUCCGCUGACCGAUUGCGAGCGGCUGCUGUGCAUGGGUGCAGUGAUCUCUCGCGAGAUCCGCGAGGUGGUCUACCGCAAACUUGGCUACACGUGUUCAACAGGCAUCGCAUGCAACAAACUAUUGGCCAAGUUGGCCUCUCCACUCAACAAGCCUAAUGGGCAAGUCGUGGUAGCGCCUCGCUUUGUUGCUGACCUCAUGAAGACGCUGCCAAUGCGGAAGAUCCGCGGACUUGGCGGCAAGCUCGGGAGGCAGCUCGAGAGUAUCUAUGAAAGCCUACGGCCCGUGGCAGCCGGCACGCUGGAGCUCGAACAAAAGCCUGCAGACCAAGAACAAAUGAAGCUAACAGCGCACGCCCUUCUCCAGCGUUGCGGACUGGCAGAGCUGAGCCAGCACGUGGGUCAAGACACUGCUGCGUACGUGCAUCAGAUCUGUCGGGGCGACGAUGGUGACGAACCAGUCGAAGAGAAAAAGGUCCAAGUGAAAAUGCUCAGCUGCGUCAAGCAAUUCGACCAGCGCUCUGGAUCGGCCCUAGUGCGUGUAGCACAGCUCGAGUACUGGGUGCAUCUGCUGUGCGAGGAGAUGGUCAUGCGCUGCGAGGACGAGCGCAUUGAGAACAAGCGCUUUCCGUCGCAGCUGACGAUCCAGUACACGAAAGUAGAGGACAAGCCGCACACAAGGAAGCUCGGGAUCGCGCAGGACACGACGGUCGACGAGCUCUCUGCGGCCGCGAUGAACGUCAUGCGGCUCCACUUGGACGGUAUGUUCCCAUUGGCAGCUCUGAGCAUGCACGCCAAGAACUUCACGGACUUGGGCUCUCAAGCGGUGACGAGCAUCUCCAGCUUCUUCACGCGUCAGGAAGACGACACGUCGGCUGUAUCGGCCGUCGCUCAACGUGUCGAAGACGAAGUGAAGGCAUUCGCAGCGAAACGCGGUCGACCAGGCGACUUGUCGGUGCGAAAGAGCCGGCGACAGAAAAUAUCCGGCUUUUUUGCGCGCGUCUCCGAGCCGAGUCGGACCGAAACUGGAGUGGCCCACUCGACGUUUCUAACCGCAGCGACUUCAACAUGCGUUCCAGCCCAACCUGCGGCGUCAUCAUUGUCGUCGUCGUCGUCAUCAUCGUCUUCUGGUCACUUUUGUGCCUCGUGCCAGCGCUUGGUGCAGGAGCCGCAGAGCGAGCACGCCGACUUUCACUUUGCACUGACGCUCAGCCAGGCACAGCGUCGUGACGUCGUCGUCGUAGCAAGUUCUGGCGACGAUCGACGCAGCCAGAAAAGGGGUCCGCUGGACGCGUUUCUUAAGCGAUAG